AUGCGGCUGACGCUCACGCAUCUCCUGCCACUGCUGGCGCUGGGCCAUGCUGUCACAGAUGUGGACUUCUACGGCCAGUCGCCGCCUGUCUACCCAGCCCCCCAUGCCAAAGGCCUCGGCAGCUGGGCGUCCGCCUUCAGCGCCGCGGAGGCCCUGGUGGGCGAGAUGACGCUCGAGGAGAAGCUCAACGUCACGGGCGGCCACACCAACCCCGCCAACACGUGCAGCGGGAAUACAGGCAGCGUGCCGCGCCUGGGGUGGCCGGGCCUGUGCCUCCAGGACGCGGGCAAUGGCGUGAGGGCCGCGGACCUGACCAACUCGUACCCGAGCGGCAUCCACGUCGGCACCAGCUGGGACAGGAACCUGACCUACCGGAGGGGCCUCGAGAUGGGCAGGGAGUUCCGCGCCAAGGGGGCCAACGUCGCCCUGGGGCCCGUCGCCGGGCCCCUGGGGAGGACCGCCCUCGGCGGCCGCAACUGGGAGGGCUUUGCUGCUGACCCGUACCUGUCCGGGACCCUGAAUGCGGAGACGAUCAAGGGCAUCCAGGACGCCGGGGUCAUCGCAAACCUGAAGCACCUGAUCGCAAACGAGCAAGAGACCUGGCGGCGGCCGUACAACGACACCGAGGCCGCGUCGUCCAACAUCGAUGACAAGACGUUGCACGAGCUGUAUCUCUGGCCGUUUGUGGAUGGCGUGCGGGCUGGCGCUGCCAGUGUCAUGUGCUCUUAUAAUCGGGUCAACAAUUCGUACGGCUGCCAGAACAGCAAGCUCAUGAACGGUCUUCUGAAGACGGAGCUCGAGUUCCAGGGUUUCGUCGUCUCGGACUGGAACGCCAGGACUGGUGGUAUAGCUGGGCCUCUCGCCGGGCUCGACAUGAUCAUGCCUAAUGGAACUAGUUGGGCUGCCAAUCUGACCGAAUCAGUGAAGAAUGGUUCGGUCACCGAGGAAAGGAUCGAUGAUAUGGCUCACAGGAUCCUCGCAGCCUGGUAUCUGCUCGGCCAGAACGACACGAGCUUCCCCAGUCCUGGGAUUGGUAUACAGAACCUCAGCCUGCCACAUGAGCUCAUUGACGCACGAAGCCCCGAUGCAGACCAAGUGCUUCUCGAAGGAGCCGCCGCGGGACAUGUGCUUGUGAAGAACGUCAACAACUCAUUACCACUUCAGAACCCGAAGAUGUUGUCCGUCUUCGGCUACGAUGCUCAAGCGCCGCCGACGAAAAACAUCGACAAGCUGUUUGAGCUUGGCUACCAAUCGCAGCCGGAAAUGGCCGACGCGGUCCUGGGCUUCGAGGCGCACUUUUCACAGCGAGCUUACGAUGGGGUCAUAUUCGCGGGUGGCCGAAGCGGUUCCAACGGGCCGUCGUACAUCGAUUCUCCCUUCGGCGCUUUGACCCAGCGCGCCAAAGAGACCCGAACUUACCUGAACUGGGACCUGCGCUCCGGCAACCCGCUCGUCAACCCCAUGUCCGAUGCCUGCCUGGUGUUCAUCAACGCCAUGGCGACCGAGGGUUGGGACCGGGACGGGCUGCACGAUGACUUCAGCGAUGGACUGGUGCUGAACGUCGCGUCCAAAUGCGCCAACACCAUCGUUGUCAUCCACGCCGCCGGCAUCCGGCUGGUGGACCAGUGGAUCGAGCACCCGAACGUCACGGCCACCAUCAUCGCGCACCUUCCCGGCCAGGACAUCGGCGAGUCCCUCGUCAGCCUGCUGUACGGCGAGAUAUCCCCGUCCGGGAAGCUGCCGUACACCCUCGCCCGGAACGAGAGCGACUAUGGGGGCCUGUACGAGCCGUGCAAGCCCGCCUCGGAAGACGACCACUUCCCGCAGUGCAACUACACGGAGGGGGUCUACAUCGACUACCGCCACUUCGAUGCUAAUAACAUCGAGCCUCGCUUCGAGUUCGGAUUCGGCCUGAGCUACACCACCUUCGAGUACUCAGGCGGCGCCGUCCAGUCCGCACCGGUGCCGAGCAACCUGUCGCAGCGCGUCAUCACAAGCGACUCGAUAUGGGACGUCGCAGCCACCGUGACGGCUGAGAUCACCAACACGGGCUCCGUGGCCGCCGAGGAGAUAGCACAGCUGUACGUCGGCAUCCCCGACGGGCCCGCGAAGCAGCUCCGCGGGUUCGAGAAGGUGAAGCUCUCCCCGGGGGAGCAGGCCGACGUGGCCUUCGAGCUGACGAGGCGCGACCUUAGCGUCUGGGACGUGGUGUCACAGAGCUGGGUUGUGCAACCGGGGCGCUACGACGUGUAUGUUGGCUCGAGCAGCAGGGACAUUCGCUGGGAGGGGGUGUAUGAGAUUUGA